AUGGCCUCUACUCUCAACAUCAAUGGAGUCAAUAUGAUCACUGAUCCUUUCUUCUCUCCUGCCGGAACAACCUUUCCUAUUACUAGCGAGUUUUCCCUCGACGUCGAUGACGAUCCUGCUCCCCGUCUAGACCAACUUCCCGUCAUUGAUGCUGUUCUGCUCAGCCAUGAAGACCAUGUUGACAAUCUUGAUGACCUUGGCCGUCGUCUCCUUGGCGGACGGCGGGUAUUCACUACAGUCGAUGGCGCAAAGAACCUUUCCCCUCGGCCAGCUGUCCAUGGUUUCAAGCCCUGGGAGAAAAUGGACGUUGUAAUUGGUGGAAAGAAGUUCGAGAUCAUUGGCACGCCAACCAAGCAUAUUAUUGGAAAUGAGUGUACUGGCUUCAUCAUCACUGGAGAAGGCUUCGGUCACGGUCGCGAUGGUCUUCCGAACGCACUUUAUAUUUCAGGCGACACAGUCUACGUGGAGGAGUUGAAGCAAAUGGCUGAUCGCUACCAUAUUUGUGCUGCCGUUUUUAACCUGGGCAACGCCCAUGCGCAUACAGAUUUGGGGGACCUUACCAGCCCCCGCUAUCAAAUCACUAUGGAUGGCAAGCAGGCGGCCAGACUUUUCCGUGAAAUAAAGGCCGACUACCUGGUACCCAUACCCUACGAGUCGUGGCACCACUUCACACAAUUUGGUGCGGAACUGCGUCAAGUCUUUCAAGAAGAGAAGAUCAACGAUCGCGUGUGCUGGCUAAACCCUGGGAAAUCUGUGAAAGUUCUCUAA